CACCCUCCUCAGCUAGGCUCCCUUACCAAUCAUGGCUUCCACCCGCAUCCUACUCCUUCUCCUUGCGACGGCGGCCAUGGCAGGCCUACGCCACGCCGGCGCGACGGAGUACACCGUCGGCGACUCCGACGGGUGGACCAUCGGCCCCAACUACCUGGCCUGGUCGCAGAAGUACAACUUCACCACCGGCGACACGCUCGCGUUCAACUACGUGCCGCGGCAGCACGACGUGUACCGGGUGACGCGCGACGCGUUCCAGACGUGCGAGCCGACGGCGGGGCAGACGGUGCGCAAGUGGGCGUCGGGCCGCGAUGUCGUCGACCUCGCCGCGACGGGGGACUACUACUUCAUCUGCAACAUCACCGGCCACUGCCCCGGCGGCAUGAAGUUCUCCGUCGCCGUGGGCGCGCCACCUCCUCCUCCGCCGUCACCGCCUCCCCCGUCGGCCUUCCCGACUACAGUGCCGCCGCCUCCAAGCUCCGGCGCGUGCGGACGGCGCCUGGCGUUGCCAGACUUGGCGAGGAUUGCCGGCCUCGCUGCGAUCGGGCUGUGGAUCAGCUUGCUGUCAUGACGGUGAUCGAUGAAUCAGAACGUUGACUUUACUUGUGAUCGUCUAUGCUUUUCUGAGUUUAUUACUGGGUCGCCUCUGAGCUGGUAUUGGGAUUAUUGCAUACGGUGAAUUUUGCAUCUGAUGUGUCUGCAGAGUUCAUGAUAAUGUCGUAAUUUUGGCAGUUGGUAGUGGCACACCAG